ACACUGCCCGACUCGUAAGUAUUAGGCAUAUGAAUUGGCCAGUGGCCUGUACCUAUUACCAUAUUUUAUUAUAUUUUAUUUGUAAAUUGUAAUUGUAAUCUUAAAAUAAUGUUCGACUUCGGACACGAAAGUGUCAAUACAAACAUAACUAUUAAAGUAUCGAUUAUCGUAUAGUUUUUAUUUGUGUAUACAUAUACACUUUUAUAUAUAAAAUAAAAGCAACAACGAUAUCUGUUUGGGUACUUAUUUAUUUGAAUAAUUUCAUUCAAGUGAUAACCUGAGAGUGAUGAAGGUUCGUAAUUUUUUAUUGUUUAGUGCUACCUGUUAAAUUUUCAGUCGUUGGUUCAUUAUUUUAUUUCCGUUAUAAAUAAUGCCUCGUGUGUGUUGUAUUGUGGAUUGUCGAACUGGACGCAAACACAAUACUGAAAAAGUUUCAACUUUUUCCUUUCCUAAAAAUGAAGUCAUGUAUGAAAAAUGGAUUGAAGCAAUACCUCCAGAAAAAUUAAGGCGUUGUAAAAAGUUAACCAUUUGUGCAAAGCAUUUUACUGAUGACCAAAUUGUUAGAACAUGGACUUCAGGAACUGGUCGGACACAAAUAGUCAUAGAUUUGCAGAUGCCAAAGCUGAAAAAAGAUGCAGUACCUUGUAUAUUUUUUGAGAAUAAAUCUAAUGUAAAUCCAGUUUUGCCCCCGAGCUCACAAGAGGAUGACAAUUUAAUUGAUAUAGUAGAAGUUGAUUACGAAACGUUUAUACCAACAUCUAUAAAGGAAGAACCAGAUACAGAAACUUCUGAACCUGAACAAUUUCAUUCAGUGACACCAGAGCAAAUUUUUGAAAACAUAUGUUCUAAUAUUACGAAUAUUAUGCUGCCAAUUAAUUGGAAGUAUGAAGUGUAUAGAGCAAAGAAGCAAUAUAUUACAUUUUACACAGUUACACCAAAGGACACUGAAUUGGGAGUUUUGAUUGAAAAAGAAAUUAUUUUACAAAGUGAUAUGGUUAUUACAUUGAAGGUAUAUAAUACAAGUUUUGAUUUACAAGGUUUAUCCUCAGAUUCAAAAGUUUCAUCUAUUGACGAGCUGUUAUCAGUUUUGACGGUUGUGAAUGCCAAAAGAGUAUGUGCUGGCGGACCUUUGGCUCAAGAAUUUAAUGGAAUAACAGUCAGUUGUGCCAGUACAGAUGUUCAGAACCGCUGGAGACAUGAUAAUUGUCCGUAUUUGUUUGACACAUUACUCAACAUUAGAUGCAAUUUUUGCAAAAGACUAAGAGCUACAUUCCGUACGCAAAAAUCAAGAUUAUCUGCAGGUCAGUCUUCCACAACAGUAUCUUCACUAACAAAUAAAAGUAAAUUGGACAAGUGUCGACAUAAAGCUCGCAUUUUACAAAAACAAAACUUGAGAGCCAAGCACAGAAUUAAGAUUUUACAAAAUCAGUUAAAUGAAGCCAAAGAACAACUUAAGAGUUGUCAAACCACUUGCUAGAGGAUCUUACUAUUACUCUUUAAUUUGCAAAUAUAUAUUUAUUAUAACAAAGAAAUGGAAUUCUUUUUAAAUCCAAUUUUAAAAAACAAUUCUUUUUAAUAAUUGUUAUUUGUGUUCAACAUUUUCAUUGUUUGUAAUUAUUCUUUUUCUAGAUAUUUGUGCAAUAUAUUUAAUUAAGUUUUAAGACUGUAGUGAAAUACAUAAGUGUUGUAGCAUUUUAAGUUUAGCAUAGAUAUAUUAUGGAAUUUUAAACCUCGCCUAAGCCGUUCUUCUAAUACAAUGAAUGCAUGAUAAUUAUUGUUUAUUGAAAAACGGUAAAUAUUGAGUACAAAUAUGUUACAGCAUAGAGAUAUAUUUUCUAAAAAAAUUGUAUGUGUAUUUUAUUUUUAUGUUUAACAGCACUUUAAAAACCAAAGAGAAAGUUUUUUUAACAUUUAUUUACAGGGAUUAUGUAUCACUAAUAUUAUUAUUAAAUAUGUUAUAACGCA